AUGGUGUCGUUUGAAGCGUCGAAGCUUGAAGAAGACGCGGGAGAGGAAUUGAGAAGUGUCUUGUGUUUUUUUCUUGGCGAGUUUCUUUCUGAGAUUUUAUCUGUGUUGAAUAAUUGUAUCCCUCCGUCAAUUCGAAAUCAGCAUCGUAGACAACCUCUUCGUCAUCUCAAUUUCGUUAAUGAAGAAGCAUUGAUGUUGAUUAUUGUUGACGCCAAACUAAGUUGCAGUGCAGUGUUGAUGCAAUUGAAUGAAGAUGCGUGUCGAAGUCGAUGCAGUAACAGUUGCAGAUUGAAGCGGUUCAAGAAUCGUGAAGAGAGUGAUGAAGAAUAUGCAGAGGAAUUUUUCAGAGAAUCAUCUAGAGAGCUUGGGGAAAGACCUUUUGAAAGGAGCAAUAGAAAGUUAAAAUCAUGA